GGAUUCUAAUCAUGUUAAUUAAAAAAAUUCGCAACAAGCAUAAAAUAUAUAAAUGUGUAGUAAUCUACCGUUUAUCGCCAUUUUGGCCUUAGUAACGGUGCAUUACAAGGAUGUCGUUUGAUGUGUAUGACUGCUGUCUGGAAUUUCUGGCGUCACAAUGUGAUCUUGUAGUAUUCGAACACCUUCUUUCAAGUGUUCUAUCGGAGAAUCAGCAGCCUGAGCUCGAUACAUCCUCUAAGAUAAACGUUUGGAUUAAAUUAUAUCAAGAUCCAAAUGUAUUGGUGCUUUCAGAUCAACCAACUGAUGUAUUAUAUGAGCAUCUAGAUAGUCUGGCUUCAUCGGAAACACAAGGCGUAACUCAUGAUGUGGAAAGUAGCAACGUUGAUAAUGCUGCCGAAGCUAAUAGGGUCAUUAACAUCGCUAAUAGGGUAGGAGAAUCUUCGGAAGAAUUCCUUAUUUCGUGCGAACAAGCAUUCGUGGAUUAUAUCAACAAAAGUCGAUUGAGCGUUUCUAAUGCACUACGUAUACAAAAGCUGAAUUUGUUUCAUAAUGAAAGUUUAGUUCGGAGUUCUACUCGGUUCAGCAUAUUGAUGGCUAUAGCAUCAAAGCGAUAUAAUGGUUAUUGGCAACACGAAAUAGUUCAAGAUUUUGGGAUAACACCAAAAGAUCUCUUUAGUCAUAUGGUUCAUUUGUCAAAGGCGUCGUUAGUAUGCCGUGUUUCGGUCCCACAAGAUUGCGUAUCCCGCAAGCUGGUGUUAGAGAAGUAUGAAGAACAGAAGGUAAAAAGUAAAGUCAAGGGCUUUCCUGACGGUGAUAAUGAAGCACGUCCGGGUUCGACCCAUGUGGCCAUAUUAUGGUUUCAUACUCGUUAUUUUAUACUUGACCGACUUCCAGAAUGGAUCCAGGAGGUUUGCUUUAAUCGACAAAAUGAGGAUACUGAUGCUCGUAUGCUGCGAAUACUAGAGGAAACGCCAAAUCGUAUAAUAAUGGAAUCCGAUUGGAAGGCUGCGUAUUGCUCGAUUCUCUUGGAGAGCGUCCCGGGUUCACACCCAAAUGUUGAUAAUCGCAUGUUCGCCAAGAGUUUUUGGUCUUUUCGUAAAUCACUUGAGAACAAGUGCAUGAUCACCAGAAUAUUUGCUUGGUGUCCUCAGACUAACAGGUAUGAGCGCUGCAUAAUUCCAUAUGCCGGUGCAAGUGAUUUGGGUCUACCAGAUCUAAACGCUACUAAUUCAAAUAACCAGCAUGUUAUCGACCUACAAUCGCAAUCUUCUGGUAAGCCGGCAGCUACUACAAAGGAUACAUUGUCUCACAAACCAAAUCCACUCAUAUACCAGAGCCCCGAUUUGAUGUACGGACAUACAUUAUCUGAGUUUAUUUAUUACCUGGUGAGGUGCCACCCAGAAGGUAUUGGGAUUAACGACAUUAACAAGCAUUUAGGUCUGCCUUACAAGAUGGCAACCAAAUUAGUCACAGCAAUAGAAUCCAAAGGGAUCUUCGUGAAACGGCCAUACCGUGACGGCAAACUGCUCAUGAAUCUUUAUUCAGUCUCACCGAAAUUUGGUGACGCUCCAACUUUGGCACCUGAAUUGAAGGCGAAAAUGUCUGAAAUAGCCAAUAGUGAACCGGCGGAGUUGAGCAUAGAUACGGUUAAUGUUGAAGCUAGUAAUGUGGGUGCAUCUCCAGGAGAUCUACAGGCCAUUAAUGAAGGUAACGCUGAGCAACCUAUCCAGGAGCGUUUGGGUAUACCUCCAAAACCGAUAAUUGUACCGAUUACUGGAAAUCUAGAAUAUGAUAAGUGGAUAGCUGUACAUAGGGCUGCUUUAUCAAAUGAUGCAUCAUAUGAAGCCUAUUUCAAUGAUCUAUUCGGUGUUAAAUUUAAUCUGCCCAAACAGUUAAAUACGGCUAUAUUUCGCCGACGGAUGGUGUUAUUAACUUUAUACAUUGAGCAUUUUCAUGCAGCUUCUUGCAAUACCAUAUCGCUGAUGUAUGGUCACAUGGAUCCAAGUUACGGUAAGAAGGUUGACCGUAAGACUGUAACAAGGGUUGUUGACGUUGUUGUACAAGCCCGUGAACACAUCCAAAUAAUGAAGGCUCAUGAAUUGGAAGGUGUUAAAAUAUCGAUUUCAAUCAUUUUUGACUCACGUCACGUGGAUGGUUUGGGCGCAUACCGCCUUGUUAAUGAGGAUUUACAACGGAAAAGGCAAUUAUCAUGUAUGCAUGUAUCCAACUUGCAAAGGCAUGUCAAUACAUCUUUCAAGGGUCCAAGUGAUUGUACGGGCGAGGAGGCGGUAUCUUUAGCUACCCAUUUUGAAACUGUCGUGGACAACGUUAAAAUGGUCUCUACAACAUUGGUAAAGGGCGUAAGCGUAACGAAGCAAGAAAUGCCAACAAAGAACAAGACUAAAGUGAAGGCAUUCAGCCAAAAGUCACUAUCAACAAAUGGCUACAUAUUCCCCGUGGUAACCCGUGUCAAGUGCUUACACAAAUAUCUUCUAGAAACGUGCCGCCCUAAAGAGCGUUAUACGGCUCUACAGUUACUUCAGAGUAUGCCAAUCGAUACUUAUUUCCAGGUCAUUGGUUACGGCCAUCCUUUGAGAAAUGUGCUUGAUUUACUUGAUGGCAAUGUGCUACCAGUUCACAUUGAGGAUGGUUGUGCAAACAUUCUGUAUGGCUCCCGAAAUAGACGCGCUCCUGUAUAUAUUAUUCGUCGUCUGUUGCAAAUUCUAACUACAUUGGGGCUGCUUGUUGUACAUACAACUCCUGUGGAUAGCUCCCAGAGUGUACUGAUACCGGAAUGCCACAUGGAAUGGGAGAUAGUUACUACGGUAAAGCUUUACAGUCUAACGGAUCCUACUUCGGUUGUUGGAAAGUUUGAAUUACCGCAUUAUUGUAAUAAAUUUUGGCAAGCACUGCAAGCUGAGGUUGAUGCGUAUAUUGACUCUAACCACGAUGAUAUACCUGCAUCAAUGCCAAUACGUGAAUUGUUUUUGAAGAAGAAUUGGAAGCGUUCUGUGUAUAAUGGCAAUCUUUGUCGAGGUCACCUUGAAAGGACGGUUUCUGGAUGGUUCCGGUCUAUAUGUCAUGGUUUGGAUCAUAGAAAGCUUUCAAAAACCAUGUAUAUGCCAGAUUAUUUGAUUUCCAUUAUUUGCCAACGUCAUAAUAUAUCUCAUGAGCAGCUGUUUAACUACAUUACACAUCGUAUAAGGUCCGUUGGAUCACAUUCAUUAAAUAUGAACGUUCCCGCUCACAUUGUAUCUUAUGUCAAGGAUAUGAAUAGCGAUCGUGAAUUCCUGUGGUUGGCUAAGUUUGUAUUGGCCGAACGUCUUUGUAAUGCGAUUUUCUAUGAUAAAGUAUCCUCAUGUUCUGCAACUUCAUCGGAUGGUCCUAUAACUUGGGGAUCGCUUCGCCAAAAGUUGAUAGAUGCUCAGAUGACCUAUGAAGAAACUACCAAAAGGCGACGGCUGAACGAAGAUCGCACCAAUGCUGAAGAACAAAGGGAUGUUGCUGAAACAGCAAGUGAAAGCGAGCUUAAAAGCUUGGAUACUACAGCAUCAACACGUGGGCAAUCAUCUACUCUACAUAAUGAUCCCGUUUCUUCACUAGAUAAUGGAGAGGAAUGUGAGAAAGUAUGGAAAUUGGAUAGAAUAUGGUGUAUGCUAUCCCUAUUGUUCGAUAAUGAAUUCUCUCCAUCGGCAUGCCGUUACAUCUUUGACCAUAUUUUGGAUAAGUCUGUUCUUUGUUUGCGUCUUAUACGUCGUUUACGUCAUUUAAGCUCGUCAGACGUAAUGCAUAGUGCAAUGAAGUGCCAUAUUCCAACUUAUAGAUGCAUGACGAACAAACUUACCGUUUCAGACCCUAUGAAGUGUUGUAUGAAGAGCAUGUUGUUCACCCCGGUGGUGUCGAUGCGUCCUUGGUUCUUGCGAAAUCUGCCGGAGUUGCGUCGUGGCCGUUCACUUUUACGUCAGUGGUCAGAUAGUGGUUGGGUUGUUAGAACUAAGCAGACCUCAAACAUAUACACGUUGUUUCGCUUAAGCACACUAGCUAAAGUGAAGCUGUUUGGCAAGUUCAAUGACCUCCACUUUACUGCCAAGGUCCUAGGAUCCCACCUUUCCAUGUAUACAGAUGCUUUGGAGACCUUUGAAACGAUAAACCCAACCCCAAAAGAUGAGGUUGCGUUCCCCCCUGAUAACGAGGACUACGCUGUAGGAACCCAUGGUAAAAAGCGAUCUUUACUACAAAUGUCAAGCAGUAUUGGGGCAUCGAAUCUACUUGGGCCAAUCUCAUGUUUACGCAAUUGUGAUGAGAUGUCUAUGCACGAUAUUUAUGCUAUGAUGGAUCACUAUGUGCAUGGAUUUUUAUCAUUCAAACCUGUUUGGACGAAGGACAGCUUUUCCCAAUCACUUCUUCCGAAGCGUCACAAAAUAUCGAAUGACCGUCUGAAUGACGGUGGGAUAUCUCGACAUAUAAGAGAGCUUACAAGUGAUACCGCUACCAUUGCAUCGGUGUCAGUUGGAUGUUCCAUACCGAGUUUCGGACUGCCUGAUGGAUUGAUUUUAGAGGAUAAGUCUUUAUGCAGUUCGAUAUCAGCUUGUGUCAUAAAUCAUGAGAUUGUCUGUGCAAGUUCAUUUUCGGAUGCUUUAUUCCCUCCCGGAUGCCCUUCUUCAUGCCUGACUUCUCGUGUACAUCAUUUGUAUCCUUUAAUAAAUCUUGAAUAUGCAUCUGACGCACGUCAUCAAUGGUGGUCAUCAUCUCAAUACAAGCAAUAUCGGUUUCCUACAAGCAUGCAUACAACGCAAGCCGAGGAUCAUGCUCCUGGUAUUCCAGAAGCUGAUGAUACACGCCCUUCUGAGGAGUGCCAUGUGAAUUGCCUCACGCGGAAAGGUGACUUAUCAGAUUCGAAUGGCCUACAGUCUCUUGUUACUAAGGUUAUAAGUGCUCUAUACGGCCAUAAUAACGGUAUGUUGGACCCUAUGCUCCCGGAUAUAGACUCUUAUCUAUAUGGAAUAAUACUGAUUGUGAAAUCAUCUGGCAAUUCUGGCAUUCGUGAGUCUGACUUGUAUUGCAAGUUUAGUGCGCCAUUUAUCAGUAGUGCAGAGAGUGGACAUUCAGUACCUAUGGAGAUGUUGUCGCUUGUAUGGACCCUUUUUAAUGUGAUGGUUGUCAGUGCUGAGGUAUUACGAUAUAUCAAUCGCGUGGCCUCCAAUGAUGAAUUCGUAUACUACUACUGGGAUAAACACUGUGCUAUAUUUAUCACCCCCGAACCUGUAGUAGCUGUGCGCCAUUACGGUAAGCAAGCUAAAGGGGAUAAAGAUAUGACUGUGCUGUCUUCCAUAUUCAAAUGCCCGGAAUAUAUUCCACCACUUUUCUGGUUGCUUUACGAGGAGUUCAGAGAUCAUUCAUUGAUAUUGGAAGGUUCAUGGUAUGAGUCAAGUAGAAUCUCAACGUUGCUAGAAAAUGAAGAUGAAAUAAAUCGUUUCAAGGCACAUCGAUUAAAAUCACCCUUAUGCUCAUUCGUAUCCCUCGAUGGCCAUUUGAACCGCUGUAUGUUAGCAUUUGUUAUGCUGAAAAUAGCUGCGCUAUUAAAGAAUGUUCCCGGUCAAACUGCAGAAGAGGUCUGGGAGAAACUGGUUCUUUUUGACCUCUGUGAGGUUAGGACAAUAUUAGAAGGAAUGUCUUCCAUUGGCAUAUGCCGUAGAUUGCUGACGGAUAGAUCGAUUCUUCCCAAUUCUUCCUUCAGUGGUGUAGUUAACCCUCCUCCAUUACUAACCUAUUUCCUACUAGAAGAGUGUUCUUGGUUACACAAAUUUAGCCCGGUUUUACUACCGUAUAGGAAUUGAUAUUUACAAGAUGGUUGGCACUACGUUAUUAUCGCUGGGU